CAGCGGUGGCGGCGGCGGCAGCGGGUUCGGUUGCGCUUAGCGCACGGGGUAGGAGCGGAGCCCAGGCCGGGAAGAGGCGCCGCCGCCGCCGCCAAUACCAUGGGGAACGUGUUGGCUGCCAGCUCUCCGCCCGCAGGGCCACCGCCGCCUCCUACGCCGUCCCUCGUGGGGCUCCCGCCGCCGCCUCCUUCGCCGCCAGGCUUCACUCUGCCGCCGCUCGGCGGCGGCCUGGGCACUGGGUCAAGUACUGGCCGUGGUUCGGAACGGACUCCCGGGGCUGCGGCCAGCGGCGCUGCGGCGGCCUCGGACGAUGGGGGCUGCGGAUGCCUGCCCAACCCGGGGACGUUCGAGGAGUGCCACCGGAAGUGCAAGGAGCUGUUUCCAGUUCAGAUGGAAGGUGUCAAACUUACAGUCAACAAAGGGUUGAGCAACCGUUUCCAGGUGACCCACACAGUAGCCCUCGGCACAAUUGGGGAGUCCAACUACCACUUUGGGGUCACAUACGUGGGGACGAAGCAGCUGAGUCCCACAGAGGCGUUCCCCGUGCUGGUGGGUGACAUGGACAAUAGUGGCAGCCUCAAUGCACAGGUCAUCCACCAGCUGAGCCCAGGCCUCAGGUCCAAAAUGGCCAUCCAGACCCAGCAGUCCAAGUUCGUGAACUGGCAGGUGGAUGGCGAGUACCGUGGUUCUGACUUCACAGCUGCUGUCACCCUGGGCAACCCAGAUGUCCUGGUGGGUUCAGGAAUCCUCGUGGCCCACUACCUCCAGAGCAUCACACCGUGUCUGGCCCUGGGUGGAGAGCUCGUCUACCACCGGCGGCCAGGAGAGGAGGGCACUGUCAUGUCUCUAGCUGGGAAAUACACACUGAACAACUGGUUGGCUACAGUAACGCUGGGCCAGGCAGGCAUGCAUGCGACGUAUUACCACAAAGCCAGUGACCAGCUGCAGGUGGGUGUGGAGUUUGAGGCCAGCACCAGGAUGCAGGACACCAGUGCCUCCUUUGGGUAUCAGCUGGACCUGCCCAAGGCCAACUUCCUUUUCAAAGGCUCUGUGAACAGUAACUGGAUCGUGGGCGCCACGCUGGAGAAGAAGCUCCCGCCCUUGCCCCUGACACUGUCCCUCUGCGCCUUCCUCAACCACCGCAAGAAUAAGUUCCUGUGUGGCUUCGGCCUCACCAUCGGCUGAGCCCUCCUGUCCUUCCUCUGCAGACCAUCGCUGGGCCGGCUGCCCUCCCCUCCUCUCCCUCUCUCUUGGGGUUGGGGCAGUGGGAAGGAGGGGACCUCCCAUGCCCAAGGAUCCCCAGCGCCAGGGGACAGUGUCCAGGGGGCCUGGGGUCCCGGAGGGAGUUCUGGGAUCUGAAGGGCAUUCGAUUGUGAGCGCCCAGGCAGAGGCGCAGAGGCGGCUGUACAGGCUCAGAAAGGAAAGACUUGAUGUCCUCCUGAGGGCAGCAGAGGAGUGCCGAGCCGCCUGUCACUUCCCCCUCCACCCCUCCAUAGAAAUCAUGUUUAUAAGUUAUGGAAAACCGGGACAUUUUACA